AUUCAGUCUCGUCCCUAUAGAAAGUGUCGAACCCCCAGUUCUCAGGUUCUCAAAUUCAAUUCAGAUAAAUUCCUGUCUCUUGAUUAGCCCGCUGGCUAUAGGUACAUAUACAUUCAUGGCCGGUUGCCGCCGAGCCUUGCUGGCCGCAGCUUGGCUGGUCCUCUGGGUCCAGCUGGCCAUGGCAACGACAACCGAGCUGCCCAGAGUCCGUGGCUCAUGGCGUGGCUCGCUCAACCUGCUGGAAAGCAGCGUCGGCACCACUACUCCUCCGGCGGAGACGCUAGGAAUCUGUGCCUCCUCUGUGACGGUGCAUGGCUACAAGUGCCAGGAGUUUGACGUGGAGACGCAGGACGGGUACAUACUGAGUGUGCAGAGAAUACCGGAGGGUCGGGCUACGAGCGUGGGGAGCAGGCAGCCGGUUAUAAUUCAACAUGGUGUCCUCGUGGAUGGUAUGACAUGGGUGCUGAAUUCGCCGGAGCAAAACCUGCCGAUGAUACUGGCCGAUAACGGGUUCGACGUGUGGAUUGCGAACACUCGAGGCACCCGGUUUUGCCGUCGCCACAAGUCCUUGGAUCCUUCUCAACCGGCUUUCUGGGACUGGUCAUGGGAUGAACUGGUUCUGUAUGAUCUCCCAGCUGUCUUCAAUUUCGUCUAUGCCCAAACCGGGAACAAGAAGAUUGAUUACGUAGGUCACUCCUUGGGAACAUUGAUAGCACUGGCAUCGUUGUCAGAAGGAAGGCUAGUGGACCAGCUGAGAUCGGUGGCUCUGUUAAGCCCAGUGGCAUACUUGAGCUACAUGACCACUGCCCUUGGCGUUGUUGCCGCUAAAUCCCCCCUUGCAGAGAUAUUUAAGGCGCUCAAAAUUGCGGAGUUCAAUCCGAAGGGGGAGCCUGUGAGUAAGUUUCUCAAGUCUUUGUGCGCUCACCCUGGAGUUGAUUGCUAUGAUCUACUCUCCGCAUUGACAGGCAAGAACUGCUGCCUCAAUGCUUCCACAGUCGACCUAUUUCUGAAGAAUGAGCCGCAGCCUACCUCAACCAAGAACAUGAUGCACUUGGCUCAAAUUGUGAGGGACCGGAGAUUGGCCAAGUACAACUAUGGAAACUCAGGCUUCAACGUGAUGCACUAUGGCGAGGCGGCGCCCCCAGUAUACAACCUGUCCAACAUUCCCCGGGACCUGCCAAUCUUCAUCAGCUAUGGUGGGCGGGAUGCUCUCUCCGACACGGGUGAUGUGCAGAUGCUGCUCGACAGCCUCAAGCUUCAUGAUGUCAGCAGACUCUCCGUGCAGUUCAUCAAGGAUUAUGCCCACGCCGACUUCAUCAUGGGUGUCAAUGCCAAGGACGUCGUGUAUAGUCAAGUCCUUUCUUUCUUCACCAAAUUGCUUAAAUAAGGAACUCGGUCUUGUGUUUUCAACCACAGUUUAGCACAGUCACGUAAAAUGAGAAAUUUAGCCUUAGUUUACAAUUCAUCGACUGAUGUUCCUGGUUAUAGAACAACAAAGAAUGUUUACGACAAUAAGACAAACAUACCACACA